UUUGCAUAUAUUAUUUAUUUAUUUUCUUUUUUAGCCAAAUUUGCUUAAGAAUUUGUAGCCUUCUCCUAUUUCUCUUUCUCUCUCCCCCCUCUAAUUUCUUGAUCUCAAAUUGAUGAUGUCAACAGAAGGCAGAAAAGAUUCGACGGAAGGUGGGUCAUCGUCGAGGACGGCGGCGGGGAGCUCUGCAGCGGCGGAUCAGCAGCAGCAGCAAACGUCGGCGGCACUAAGCCGGUACGAGUCGCAGAAAAAGCGGGACUGGAACACGUUCGGACAGUAUCUGAAGAAUCAAACGCCGCCGGUUGCGCUGUCACAGUGCAACUGCAACCACGUGGUGGAAUUCAUGAGGUACCUGGACCAGUUCGGAAAAACUAAGGUUCACUUACACGGGUGUGUUUUCUUCGGACAGCCUGACCCACCUGCCCCUUGCACUUGCCCACUCCGGCAAGCAUGGGGCAGUCUAGAUGCCCUGAUCGGACGGCUGAGAGCGGCGUACGAGGAGCACGGAGGAUCGCCGGAGACAAACCCUUUUGGAAAUGGAGCAAUUCGAGUGUAUUUGAGGGAAGUGAAGGAGUGUCAAGCGAAAGCAAGAGGGAUUCCGUACAAGAAAAAGAAGAGAAAAAGAAGCCAAUUGAAGGGCAACGAGGAGGACAACCAACCCAAGCUGCUUCCUUGAUUCAAAUCAAAAUCAAAAUCAAAAUCAAAUCACUUCUCAUUUCCUGGACAAGAAAAGCAAUGGAUGAAGAGUGUAUAAAUGUGGAACGAGUUGAAGCAUUUUCUAUAUGAUAAAAUACUUAUAUAUUUUAUACAUAUAUAUAUAUAUAUAUAUGUUGUAGAGAUAAUUAUAUAAAGAAAGAGAGAAUUUGAAUAAAAAAAAAUUAGUAUAUAGUUUGUAGCCAAGCCUAGCUAGCAAGCAAUGUGUUUUCUCCCAUUCUAGUUAAUUAUAAAAAAAAAUUAAAAAAAAAAAAAAAAAAAAAACCCAAAGUUUAGGUUCACUUUUAAAUUAUUCUAUAUUAGAGUGUGAAAACCAACUGUUUUGCCCUUCACAUUUAAGAUGAAAAAUGUCCUUUCUAUUG